GCUCUUUCUUCCACAUCAGCAAUACCCUAGUUGCCUCGAGCACACUUCCCUCUUUGCCUUUCUAUCCAUUGUUCUACAGCUAAGAUCUUGUGCCGUUACAUGUGAUGUCACUGAUCGCACCUGGUGCCUAGUGCCUAGUAUACGUCGGGCUUUGCUAAUUGGACAUCGCGAGGAAUCCAUCGCGACAAAAAGUCAGAAGAGAGAAAAAAAGAUAAAUCGGGAAAAAUUAAUCCUGAGUGAUAUCACCGUCUGAUAUGUGUUGUGACUCCACCAGAGAUCUCUUCGCGUGCUCCAUCGGAAUUCUGGAGCCUGAGCAAGGAUUUAUAUAGAUCCCCCACUCAUCGAUGCAUUUCGCGCUGCCCACUUCGCACAUUCGUUUGAUUUUACCGUCGUCUGGUUAGGACACAUGCGCUGCUGAGGAUGAGUGGCAUCCACAGAUUUCUCACUAGACGUGAGAAGAAAAAUGCCAAAGAAGAGGCAUCGAACCUCCUUACGCGCCCCCAUUUUCGUGGGCUUUUCUCAUCCGAUAAAAUUCCUACCGGGGAUGGCAAUGAAGAUCAAAAGAAGAUCAAGGUCUUAGAGCAACGUGUCGCACAGCUCGGUAUUACUGGCUUACGGCCCGAACACAUCAGUUAUGCCCUGCAGUCGGAGCACGCCAAGGGGGAUGUAGACAAGGCAUUUGAGAUGCUCAUGAUUUUUGAGGAUGCGAUCGAGGGGAUCAUAAGAGGGUAUACGCCAACCACGAAGCUUCUUGGGGCGGUUAAUCGUGAAGGCGUCACUUGCUACCUAGAUGCACUACUCUUUGCCAUGUUCGCUCGAUUGGAUUGCUUCGAAGCAAUUCUCUACAGGUCUUUCAAUGAUGAGCCCCGCCGGAAAUUGUCGGUACUGUUGCGACUCUGGGUCAACAUGCUGCGGUCGGGAAGGCUGAUUACAACGGACCUUACCAAGCAUUUACAGGACGCCCUUGCUGAAUGCGGCUGGGAAGAUGCGGCCAAGCUUCGCCAACAGGAUACGUCCGAAGCGUUUACUUUCAUCACGGAAAAGUUGGAAUUACCGCUUCUCACGCUCAAGAUGGACAUCUACCAUACCGGAAAAGAGGAUGUAACAGGCGAUCAUAAGUUUGUCAACGAGAGGCUUCUGGAAGUUGCGAUACCUGAGCCAGCUGAUGGCGAGACCGUUACACUGGAAGACUGCUUGGAGUCAUACUUUAAUAAUAGGAUUGAGGUCAAGCGGCAUCUGGAGCGGCGCUACACUGUGGGCUCAACCAAAUCAAUGGACUCGAUAGCCAAAGGCUGUACGACACAUGUCGAGACCAUUGAGGUUGGUUCACCCUUGUCGCCAGCUUCAAGCCAGUCACAUUCUCCGCUGGACGAUGUCACACCAGUGGCGUCGCUGACGGAAGUGGUCGACUCGGCCCCCCCUCCAUACCGACGGAGCAGCAUCGUUCAGGAGCGAUUUAUUCCCGGCGAUGAAAAUGCUCGAGACGGUACGAUCAGCUCUCAAAGGAGAGGCUCCUACAGGAAGGAGGUCAUGAUGCCGGCGUGGCAGUUCUUCAGUCUCAUACCAUGGUAUACGGACAACACCCCGACAAAUGACGCCCAAGUCGCCGCGCACUUUUCUUCGAAGCGACCAAUCCUUGGCAUGUGUCUCAAGCGCUAUUCCAUGACACCCACUGGAAAAGCUGUACGCCUCAACACAUUCAUAGACAUUCCGACCGAGAUAGGGUUACCCCAUUUCAUCCAGGAUGACAGUAUGGAAGAAGAAGGCCCCAUCUACGGAAACUUCAAACUGUCUUUGCAAGCCAUGGUCUGCCAUCGAGGCACCUCAGUCGAUUCGGGGCACUAUAUAUCGAUUGUUAGAGGUACCAGUGCUGGUGCGCCUCCAGCCAGUUCUCAUGGUUCGGACCAGGAGGCAGGCCCUUCUGAUGCCUCCAGAUACUGGAUGCGGUUUGAUGACCUGGCGAAAGAACGAGUAACACUAGUCGACAUCGAACAGGCCUUGAAGCACGAGUCACCGUACCUCUUGUUCUACCAGAUCUUACCUAUCAAUGAAGAUGCUGCGGCAGCCAAUCUGUUCGACAAACCGCCUUCUUCUGAGCUAUCGACGGACUCUCGAGAUAUGGAGAACGCCAGCAUGGCGCAGAAGCCACAAAAUCUGUCUGUGGACGAUAUCAGUGGUGCUCGCGCGGAGGGAUACGCUUCAGGUCGGCCUAGUUUCGAAAUCACUGGCCCCGAUGGCGCAGACCCUGCCCCUAUGGAUCACAAUAGCAGAAAGCAGAGCGUGGCGUUCUCUGAAGUGUUUGAUCCGACCUCGAUGCAGUCAUAUGCGCCGACUUCGCCGCGACUUACCCCAAGAGAUGAUGAUGGCAGGGCUUCGUUCUCAUUCUCUCGACGCAGUUCGAGGCAGACAAGGAGCAAUCCAGGCAGUCGUGCAGGGAGCCAGGCCAGCGAGAGCAGAAUCAGCACGACCUUCUCACGGUUUACCGGGCGACGCAGUCGAGAGAAGUUCACCAACGAUGGAGUCUCUGAAGGUGAAAUGGAUGAGUUGACGGAGAAUGAACUGGGACCGACAGAGAAAUUUAGUCCUCCAAGCGUUGAGCGCAAAGACAAAAGUCCCCGACGGACCAGGGACUCCGAGCGAGUUAGAGACAAGCUGAAGGACAAAUCUCGGGAGAAGAUUGGACGGAAGCUCGACCGGGAGUGCGUUGUGAUGUGACGGUGUAGGUGGUUAUGACGAUCCGAAUGUUUGGAUCCAACUGGGCUUCGCUUACCUUUCAAUUAUUUGCUAUGGGCCCAGGCUGCAUGUUUUGAAGGACAAGGGGAUUGAUACCCGGGCAUGUUGCAUGUUUGUGCUUUCAGCUCAGUCUUUGUCGGUUGAGGGUUUGCAUCGGCGUUCAGUAGAUUGCAUAGCGACCUAAUAGAG